GCCCAUAAUCAAUUUCAUAGCAACAUGGAACUUCAAGUUCAAGUCACUUCAAGAUAGAGAAACCGUAUCAAAAAGCCUGUAGAAUCGUGGCAUGAAGGGCUAAGAGGAAUCGUUAUACGUGGACCUCGUACAGAAUUCUCACUUACAAACUCACUCGUCUUAACGCUGCCGAUGAUAUGUUCCUGUCCUUUUGAAAUGAGAAGAAUGGGUCAGCUCUUAUUACUGUCAUGUUACCGGAUAAAGAUUUGCAACUAAAGUAUCAUUUCUAAGCAAUAUACCAUAUUAAUGAAAAGAUGGCGCUUGAGUUCUUCGGAGGUUUGAGUCAGACAAUUGUCGGUGGUAUUGGAACCGCGAUUACUUUUGGCUUAAAUGAUGACGUAAUAAAGUGGACAAAAAAAGGCGCUGCCAAGGUAGUGGAUUAUGCAGAUAUAGCCUGGGGAAAAGACGGACAAAUAACUAAAUUUGCGGAAAGUUUACCAGUUAUUGGCUACGUUGCGUCAGCUGGCCAUGGUAUAGCGGCUGCUGUAACAGGAGACAAAAGAAACUUACAGAGGGCAAGGAGGGCAUGCGCAUCCUCUACUAACUCGACACUUGUUACCGCAGCUGCGGUCGGCGGCACUCUUCUUGGAGGACCUGCAGGUACGGUUGGGGUAGUGGCCGGAGCAUUUUCAGGAGGAGUUCUAGGAAGUGCUGCUGGGCACUGUGCAGAGCGAGGCAUCAAUCAUGCAAAUGACUACGCAUUCCAGACGUCUGUUGGCACAUUCAAAGACUUCAAUGCAGGUAGUUUCAUGGCAGAAGUAUGCAUCGAUGGCACAUUGAGUGCAUUGAGUAGUGGAGUUAGCCAAACUAUUGCUAAACAGGCUGCUAGAGCUGCUGUUGGUCCAAGCCUAAAAGCGUGUGGAGGUGGUGGAGCUAAAAGAUUUGUCACAAAACGUUGUGUGGAGGCAGCAGUCCGUCAACCAAUAAUGUCUAUUGCGGAUAAAGGAGCAAAUAAAGCUAGAGAAAUGGCUACAGCUAGAACUAUCUGUGCAACAAGCCGACACCGGGACACACGUUCUCAAAACUCUCUUCAUCUUCAAAAACAGUCUUUCUAAAAGUUCCUUGGACAAUAGCCUGUGCUACACAGAUGCCGUCUUUUCAAGGCAAUGACUAAGCAAUGCAACCUGACUUUGAAAUGUCAGCUGACGAUCGUAAAUACUUGUAGUCCUAACCUUCUAAUUAGCAAUGUUCAAGCGAAAGAACAAGCAGAAGAUUAAUCAAUGAGAAGAAAGAAGUAUUGUAAAAAGAUUGUAAAAUGACCUGUUUUUCAAUAAAAUGACAUGAUGCCGUUUUCUUGGAGUACAACCAACCAUAACCAACGUAAGCAGAUUCAAUCAGGGCAAUAACGGGCUAAAUGUUUCAUCGCUUAUCUCCGGUUAACGACCGAAUUUUAAAAAUGGGGACGACAAGGUUUUAGAUAUACUCCUUUGCUAUGCAUAAUUGUAUGAAGCACUUCAAUAAUGACAAUUUUCGCGUUCAGCGUUAACUUUUUAUGGCGCCGGUUUUUCCCCACAGCUUUUGAUAGGAGGUGCGAGCGUUACUGUUGCGGCUGAUUCGGUGCCAUUUUCUCUUCAGACUUUUAUUGUCUUUGACGCUAUACCAUUGGCUGGUUUAAAAUGUAAACAAACAGUCUGAUUGGCUCAAAACAUUUUUCAUCCUUGUCGUAUUGUAUUGAUCACAGUCAAAAUUAAUUUUAUAAAGCUGAAAUUGACGUGAGAAACUGGCGUUAUGAUUGUUGUAGAAGAAAAGUGGCUGUUGUAUUGUUCAUUUUCUUGAGCGUGAAUUUAAUCAGUGUUUUUUCCCUCGCUCUGAUGCAUGAAAAAAAUUAAAGCAAGGCGCUGAAAACCACAUUUCCUCUAAUGAAUGCUGCCCUCUAUUGAGGGCAGCAUUCAUUAGAUCUCUAUUCCUCUAAUGAGGAAUAGCCCUCUAUUCCUCUAAUGAAUGCUGCCCUCUAUGGAGGGCCGCACCUUCAGCCAACCCUUUGAAAAAACGCCGCCCUCUUGAUAAGCGCCGCCCAUUAUUGAACGCCGCAUCUUAGAAAGCAGCCUUCAUUAGAAAACACACCAAACAAGAAGUAACGAAUCGAUCAUACGCUUACUAUUCGAAAGCUGUGAAAGUUUUUAUGUCAUAGAGACGAGGACUCUGAUGCAGACAGGGACCUUGACAUUCCUUGACAUUUCCAUAACGUUCACACAACCUUCAUUACGUGUUUUAGGGAAAUGAAAACAUUGAUUAAAGUCUGUUUUAUCUUUUUUCAUCGCACUUUUCUUGUCAUUUUUCAUUUGCAUUUGACAAACCUUUCAUUUUGUAUUGAACGCCGCCCUCUUUUGAACGUUGCAUCCAAAAUUUAGAGCUUGUUAUAAACGCCGAGGCGUUCUUUAAAGGAAAUAAGGUAUCUAACUUGCUGUUUUCAGCUGAGAGCCAAAACCACUCAAGCGAAAAUACUGGCAAAAAGACGAUCCUGCGUAAGGGCUCAGUACGGGAAAUUGCAAGACGGAUGAGAAUAGACCGUUUUUUAAAAUCAGCAUAAUUUUUAGAGAUAAUUUAUAGUGUGUCAUAUUCAUUUCGAAGGUUUUGAACAAUAAAUUGUUUUGAUAAACAGGGUUUUAAUAUUUUUAAAUAUUUUUUCUGCGGCGCUCGUAAAGGCACUGGCCUAGGAACUCAGAAAUGCACAAUAACUCUAGGACUCAAAAUGGUAAAUCUGAGUCUUUUGCAAUCAACUUAUUUUUCCU